AUGUCUGGUAAGUUCAUGAUCUGGUUGAAAUUCGUGCACUUCAACAGACAUCACUCACGCAGUUUCAUUACCUACCUUACCAGUAACUACUGUAACUUCCAGCAAUACCCCCUUGGUGACGACGACUACGUCAACUUCGCCUACAACUACCAGCACUAUACCUCCUCCUCUUCCUCAACCUCGUCCCAGACACAAACAACCACUUCGACCUCGUCAAGCACUACAUCCUCCCUGUCCAGUAGCUCCACCCCGAUCACUACUAGCACAAGUUCAACAACCUCGACAUCAGCCACUCCUACUCUCUCACCCGUCACAACAACAGACAGCGGUGGUAGCGUAAUUACCAGCUACAGCUAUGUAACACCCACUGUGACCACCACUUCAUCUAAUAAUACCGCCACUUCCUCCAACUCGUUUUUCUCGAACACUGGGGCUGUAGCUGGGACGUUCGCGGAAGCAGCCGCAGAAGCUGCUGCCACUUCACAUUCGCCGUUCGAUGAUUACACGUACUCUAACAAUGGCGGUGCAGGUGGUGGUGGCGGCGGCGGCGGCGGAUAUCCUUACUCCGAUACCACUCAUGGCACGUUUGUUCAGGCUCCGAUGGGUCUUCCCAUUGACACCUAUGGGAUGAGUGAAAUGUCGCAGUAUGAUCCAUACGCUGCCGGAGCAGUUUCUCUCGCUACAGCUGGCAACGUGGGAAGGGCUCGGAGCCGACAAGACAGUGAAACCCAGCGUGCUCCAGGCAUCGCUGGUGUUGGCGCAGGCAACCUCGCUCGCGAGCCGAGCCGCAGGAACCCAUACAACGCUUUCGCAGGUCCUGGUCCACAGCCACAUGAAACAAUGGAUCGCAACGCCAGCAUGAGAUUCAGACCCCGUGGGACAGACAUACUCGAAGCUGCCGGUCUGGCUGGGACUGGGGCUGCGGCUAUGGCCGGUGCGAAUAAUGGAGCAUUUAUUAACCGCAGGCCUUCGGAAUAUACCCAACAGACGCAUGGGAGUAUGCGUUCGCAGGGGCACCCGUCGAACGAGAACUACCCCAUGGCCCUCCAGCCUGCAUAUCACUCGCCUCCGCGCAAUGAUUCCCAGUUCGCGGAUGCCUACACUGGCUUCGUUAGUAAUCCCCCUCCGCAGAGCCCUGGUCUUCCCUUUCCCAAUCCUCAUGAAGCACCCCCUGCUCAGUCUCACAAUCCUUUAGAAGGAGAGGAUUUCCACGAUGAUGCUCCCCGGCGUUUGAGUUACGACGACGAUAACGAUUACGGUCAACACAACCGUGUACUCAGAGUUGCAAACGAGUACUACACUGGAUUGGCGUCUUUGUUCUUAUUUCUCAAGGCACAUGUCGGGCAAGGUACCGCCAACUGUCGAUCAGGCCGCGAACAGAGGAUCUUUCGCCCAGAGUUACUUACGGAGUUACACCGACGCAAAUAUGUCAACACGGGGGUAUUUCUCUAG